AUGCCUCAGAAUACAAAUGAUCCUCCGGUGGUAGUGAAAGAAGCUGAGAUUGAGACAGUUCGAAGGUGGUUGAAUGCACGACCAGAUUUAGUACUAGCUAUCGCUAAACGACACACCACCAACCCUCUCCUUGAACCUCUCCCCUCUUCCACCGCAACUUCACUGCCACCCACCUUAUCUCUGUUAGUUCCGAUCGAUGGACUGAGGAUAGAUAAAUUACGAAUCAAAGUAUCUACCAAAGCACGAAAUGUCGAAUUGGACAUUCCAUUACCCUUUUCCAGUACUGACAGUCAGAAAGGACUGGGAAAAGGUGGAUUUGGAAAGAAGAUGGAAGAGUUGGGUGAAGAUGCUUUGAAGCAUUUUGAUAUUCCAAAAUACCCAAAGAUAGAAUACUUCGAACCUCCGACAUCCAUCUCUGUCCUACCCGUCUACCCACUUCUAUUCCUCAUUUUCUUGGUGGCCGCUCCAGCAGAUCACGGAGUCGCGAAUUUAUUCAGGGGGUUGAUCAAGAGGUAUUUGGGAAAGUGGAUGAUACCUGGUGCAGCAUGGUUCGCAGCUGCUUGUCACCUUGUGAUCGAACCCUUGAUAUUGAUACCUAAACUGAUACAACAUCAAGUCCCUCUUCUACAGAGUUUCUUCUACCUGUUCGUGGUAUUCUGCACAGGGUACGGUGGGAUCGAUGCGCUGAACAGAGCAGUCAUUCAAGAAAGAAUUAGACUCAUACAUUCUCAUUCACCCGAUAAAAAGAAAUCUCAAUAA